AUCCUCGCUGAGAGUUUAUUAAGUCUUCCUAGUCCACUAAGCAUUUCAAUUUGAUGGAAUGGAGGCUCUAUUUUAGGUGUUUUGUUAGGAUUUCAGAUUUUAACUGGAUUAUUUCUUUCAAUACAUUACACUGCUGACAUAGUUAACACUUUUUCUUCUGUAAUUCAUAUUAUGCGAGAUGCUCCUAUAGGGUGGCUAUUUCGAAAUCUCCAUGCUAAUGGGGCAUCUUUAUUUUUUGUAUUUAUAUAUCUUCAUGUGGGUCGAGGUCUUUACUAUCAAAGAUACAUUUCUCAACCUCGAACUUGAAUAAUUGGAGUAACAAUUCUAUUUGUUAGAAUGGGAACUGCUUUUUUAGGAUAUGUGUUGCCUUGAGGUCAAAUAUCUUUUUGAGGAGCAACAGUAAUUACUAAUCUUCUAUCUGCAAUCCCAUAUCUUGGUCCUUCUGUAGUAGAGUGAGUUUGAGGAGGUUUUUGUGUUGGGCAAUCUACUUUGAAUCGGUUUUUUUCCUUGCAUUUUAUUUUACCUUUUUUAAUUGGUGGGUUAUCCGGGUUACAUUUAAUUUUUUUACACGAAAAAGGUUCUACUAAUCCUUUAGGAGACCUUAAUCAUGUUAGGAAAAUUCCUUUUCAUCCUUAUUUUACUUGAAAAGAUAUAGUAGGAUUUCUAGUUUUAUUUACUAUACUUGCUAUCUUAGGAUUCUUUUAUCCAACAAUUUUAGGUGAUCCUGAUAAUUUUAUUCAUGCUAACCCUAUAGUUACGCCUGUUCAUAUUCAGCCAGAAUGAUAUUUCUUAUUUGCUUAUGCUAUUCUACGUUCUAUUCCCAGCAAAUUAGGAGGAGUGAUUGCUUUAGUGAUAUCUAUUGCUAUUCUUUAUUUCCUUCCUAUUGCUGGAGCUAAAGGAGCGGUACCUUCAUCUUUUACUCCUCCUUACCAGGUAACUUUUUGAGUGUUGGUAGUAUUUUUUAUUAUUUUAACUUGACUAGGAGCUUGUCCAAUUGAGGAGCCUUAUUUGAGUCUUGCUGGCCCUUUAACUGUCCUAUACUUCCUAUCUUUCUUGGUGUUAGUUAGUCUUCCUGUUUUAUGGAAAAAAUUAGUUCUAUUUUAA